AUGAGAGGAAGCUGCUAUUCUCAGAAAACAGUGAGUGGGUCGAGCAGGAUGCGGGUUCAGAGCCCGUCUCCGUCCCGCUGCAGAGCUUCUUCGUCCUCCUCGGUGGCCCGUGGACGUGCCGGUCUCCAGGGAGGUGCCGUGGAGAUCGGCACAGAGCUUCAUCAGCAUCAUGCAAACGAGAAGGAGGAGAUGCAGCUACUUAACGCACGGUUUGCCGGCUACAUUGAGAAGGUUCAGGCUCUGGAGCAGAGGAACGCGGCGCUCAGGGAGGAGCUGCAGAGCCUGCAGAGCCGAUACAAGGCGGGACCGGGGGGAUUGGGUGAGGAGUACGAGGCCAAGUUUAAGGAAAUGAAGGACCUGAUCGCAGCACUGACGGCUGAGAAAGGAGCGGCUGAUAUUGAGAGGGGAUAUGCGGAGGAGGAAGUGGAGCUCUGGACCAUGAAGCUGGAGGAAGAGCUUGCACUUAAAGAGGAGGCAGAGAUGAUCCUGCGUGAGUUCCGUGAGGACGUGGACAACGCCACGCUGCAGAAGUCUGACCUGGAGAGACGUGUGGAGCAGCUGGUGGCUGAGAUCGAGUUCCUGAAGAAGCUACACAGUGAGGAAGUGGCCGAGCUAAUGAAGCAGAUCGAGGAGUCGAAGGUGACGGUGGAGCUCGACUCGGAUCGGCCCGAUUUAGCCGCUCACCUGCGCAAGACGCGUGCCGAGAUCGAAGCUGUUGCUGCGCGCAACGUCCAGGAGGCGGAGAAGUGGUACAAAGGGAAAUUUGACACGCUGAAGGAGAGCGCCGCCAAACGUGAGACCCAGAUGACCACCAUGAGGGAAGAGAUCAGCACUCUGAGCAGCGAAGCGUCCGACCUGCAGAACCAAAUCGACGCCCUCAGGGCCAAAAACGCCGCUCUGGAACAACAGCUGGACGACAUGGAGGCGUCUCACCUGGACAAGAUGUCCAACCUGGAGGCCAUCAUCGCUCAGCUCGAGAACCAGCUGUGUGAAACCAAGAUGGAGAUGGGCAAAUACCUCACUGACUACCAGGAGCUGCUUAACAUCAAACUGAAGUUAGACGCUGAGAUCGCCACCUACAGGAAACUUCUGGAAGGAGAAGAGAAGCGACUCGGGAUCUCAGUCAGCGAGAGCACAGCAGGUAGAGUCACGCUAAACCUAAACCAUCACUACCAAGUGUUCUUACUAAAAUGUUACUAUUUUAAGUCUUUGUCUAAAAUUCUUCCUCACUGGUUCUUUAGAUGGUUAAUAGUUCUAGCUUUUUAAAAGGGUUCCACUUGGAAACUUUUCUGAAAGGUUCUUCUGCUGAAGGGUCAAGAACCCUUCAUGGUGCUCUUUUAGUGUAGCACACACACACACACUGUUCCUUGUGCUGGUGAUUUGAUAUUGGAGUGUUUGCAUGGUGUCAGUCUCAGUGUGUGUGAGGAAGUGUGUCUUUACUUCUUAUAACGCACGAUUUAUCGAGUCAUUUUGUAAGUAGUUAAUUUAUUUAAAAGCACAUUUAAAACAACCAGAGUUGACUAAAGUGCUGUACAUAGUUAUAGUAAAUUGUUAUAGAUGAUAAUAAAAGAAAAAAUAUAUAUAAAAGAAGGGGGGGAAAAAAGGAAAUGUCAACUAAAUACAGAUUAAAAUUCAAAUUUGUAAAAGUGUUUUUGUGUAUGACGAAUAAACUCUGUUCCUCUUAAUGAAUGUUUUACUAAAACAGUGUUUGUUGUUCCUCUUUAUGCUUCAGGAACUUCUGCAACUUCAUCAGCUGCAGUUGAAGAAUCUGCCUAAUGCACUUCAUCUCGCAAUAUGCGCGCGCACACAC